AUGAAUGUUGAAGGUAGUACUUCUCUGAAACGAAGGCUUGGGGUUUUGGAACAGAGGAUGAAUGUGGUAGAAGUGCGCGUGAAUACUGACCUCGAACGAGAUAUUGAGGCGCUAAAUAAAUCGCUUGUUUAUACAAAGGAUCAAGUUUGUUCCAAUAAAAUGCAAAAAGGAGACAGACAGGAGAUAAAAUAUCACUCUUCUAAAACCACUGAAUUGCAAAGGUUUGAUAAAGCACGUGUAUCUAUAGGAUUUGCGAAUGAAAAGAAAUGGCUACGAGAGAAAAUAGAGAUAUUUGAAAACGUCAUACAGGAACAAGGACAUAUGAUAAACAAAAGCAUUUCUGAAAUCAGAAGUGAUUUAAGAAGUCACGAACAAGCAAUACAUGCAAAAGUUGUCGGUGGAUUGCAAACAAACUUUAACACAAUGAAUGCAAGUAUGAUCAAUAUGGAAAAAGAUAUAGAAAGUAAUAUGUCUUCUCUCAGUUCAGAGAUUGUGGACAUUAAAGAAAAUGUAAGCGCCGAAAUAAAACAGACUUGCACACUUAUGUUACACAAGUUAAGUGCUGAAAUUCAAGAGAAGGAGAAAUUUAUAAAUGAACAAAGACUUGAAAUAAACAAAUUAAAACAAAGUGUAGACCAAAUCAGUGGCUUUUUGUUAUCAUGUCCCACAGGGUGGACUCAAUUCAAAUCAUAUUGUUAUUUGUACGUUGAGGAUACAGUAACGUACGAUAAUGCACGAGAGAAGUGUUCAUCACAAGGAGCAAGUGUAGCUGAUAUUCAAAGCAAGGAGGAGAACGAUUUCAUCUUUAAAUUGUGUACAGACAGUGGACACGAUUUUGGUGUUACAUAUAACGUGGUCUGGAUAGGAUUUACUGAUGAAGUAAUUGAGGAUGUGUGGAUAUCUGACAGGACGUGUAGUAAAGCAACGUACACGUACGUACAAAGCAGAGAUAGAUGGAUAGAUAGAUAG